AUGGCGAACGGAACCGUCGCGGCGAACCUGCCCCCUUUGCCGGCCUACGAGACCCGGCCGAUGCCCGAUCUCCUGCCCUUCAUCUCAGAUUUCUGGCUAUCGCUCGUACUCCCACACAUCGCAUACUGGGCAGUGUCCAUGUUCUUCCAUGUCAUCGAUGUUUACGAUCUGUUUCCGCAAUACCGCCUUCACACGCCCGAGGAGAUCACCAAGCGCAACCUCGCAUCUCGCUACCAGGUCGCCCGUGAUGUCAUUAUCGAGCAAAUAAUCCAGAUUGUUUGCGGUGCCGCACUAUCUCUGACCGAGGGACAACAAAUGACGGGCAUGGAGGCGUACGACGUGGCUGUUUGGGCAACCCGCAUCCGGCUGGCGCAACGCGCUCUCCCCGCCAUCCUCGGCGUUGUCGGACUCAAUGCCGCCGCGAUUUCCAAGAACAUCGCCGCCUCGCACCCGCUGCUCGCCGGCGCAUUGGCCGGUGGGCACUACCCAUUCCUAAUAACCACGGUUGACGGGGUGGCCGAGACUCAUGUGCCCGCCUUUGCGACCUGGGAAUUGCUGGUAGCAAAAGCCAUCUACUGGGUCAUCAUCCCGGGUUUCCAAAUGUGGAUCGCUGCUUGCGCUUUGGACGCCUGGCAGUACUUCGUCCAUCGAGCCAUGCACUUGAACAAGUGGAUGUACACACACUGGCACGCCCGACACCACCGUCUCUACGUCCCGUACGCAUAUGGCGCUCUAUACAAUCACCCCGUUGAAGGGCUGGUGAUGGACACGCUCGGUGCGGCCGUUGCCUACAAGGUGGCGAUGCUCAGCCCUCGCCUGGGCAUGGCUUUUUUUGUCGUCAGCAUGAUAAAGACGGUCGACGACCACUGCGGGUACGCGUUGCCCUGGGACCCCUUGCAGCACAUCACCAGCAACAAUGCUGCAUACCACGAUAUCCACCACCAGAGUUGGGGUAUCAAGACGAAUUUCUCGCAACCGUUCUUCACGAUUUGGGAUCGCUGGUUGGGCACCAUGUGGAAGGGGGACACGAAACUCAGGUAUGAGCGGACGAGGAUGUCGGCGGGGCAGAAAGACGACAAGAAAAACGCUGCUGUUGCCACCGCCAAUGGCAAAGCUGAGGCUAAGUAA